CUCUUCUCGAAUGGUACAAUCCUUGACUGUGUCCUUUUAGCAUUUUUGCUACAAAUCUGGCACUUGGUGUUUAAACCGGUGUGCGAUCGUAGGGGGAGCCUUCGAUUUCGUACGGAGCUCCGUUUAAAAAAACUGUUAUAAAGUCAAUUUACAAAGGGAAUUCGACGCGUUUUACCAACUAAACGCUGUUGUUUUACCGUCUGAUUUGUUUAUUGUGUUGUUAAAUAAACGAUCAUGGCUUGUGGCGCGACGUUGAAGCGAUCUAUGGAGUUUGAGGCCCUUCUCAGCCCGCAGUCCCCCAAGCGGAGGAGGUGCAAUCCUCUACCGGGGACUCCGACUACUCCUUCCCCGCAGAGGUGCAGUCUUCGUCCGUCAACAGAGAGCCCAGCACACUCGAUGUCGCCUCAGUCUAUGGGUGGAGAGCACAGGCUAACCCCAGACAUGAAGGCACUUGGGAUUCUUGGCAACUGUUUACAACAAGAUGGAAAUGUGGUGCAGCAAAUAGAGCAGAUCUUCCAGAACAUUCGUCAGGAGUACAGUCGCUAUCAGAGGCGACGACAGUUGGAAGGGGCCUUUAACCAGACCGAGCCCUGCAGCUCCACCGAUAUCCAGAGCUCCAGUCCCGCCCUUACCUCCCCCAGUUCUCCCACAGGUGCCUCAUCAUUGAAGAAGGAUCAGCCACUGUUCACACUGAGGCAGGUUGGCUAUUUGUGUGAGCGCCUUAUCAAAGAUCACGAGGAGAAGAUGCGUGAAGAGUACGAACAAAUACUGAACACAAAGCUUGCAGAACAAUACGAGUCCUUCGUGAAAUUCACACAGGAUCAGAUUAUGCGAAGAUAUGGUGCCAGGCCUGCAAGCUAUGUGUCUUGAAGAACAUUAUAGAUGGUACUUGCCAUCCCUCAGCAGCUGGUUGCUACAGUACCAGCUUCCUUUGUUUCACUUGAAAUUUCCUCCAUUCUUUUGAUUCUAUUUUUUUCUCCUUUAAAAUGCUUGGGUGCCAUGUUCUAUCCACAUUUAACUCAUUUUUAUUGCUGAACUGUUACUGAUGGCCCAACACCAAACAUGCAUAUCUAGAUGCAUUCUAAGAAGGUUUAAUCUCUUUAAGAAUUUCUGAGAAAAGAUGUCAACUAUCGCUGUAAAAAGCUUGACUGAUGCGAUCAUCUCUGUAUAAUGUAACGUGACUGAUCUGCAGCAGAUUUACCUGACUCUCCCUCUAUCCUUCGGUCUGUUUUUUAACUCUUCACCUCCUUUUUUUUCUUUUUUUGACAAAUAAAAUAUCUGUGAUAAGUCA